AUGGUAUCAGAGCUGCUUCGCCACAGCUACGUCGCCGCCGUCAUAGGGAACGCCGGAGCUCAUGAAGGAGCCUCGACGGAAGCCGAGACAGUCUCUCCAAUUAACCAGGGCGCUCAAAAUCAGAAUCUUAAUGCAGUUCAUCCAGCUAACAAUUUUGAUGAUCCUUUCUAUCUCCAUGUUACGGAGAAUCCGAAUUUGGUGCUUGUUUUGCCUCUCCUCUCCGAAAAAAAUUACGCCUCCUGGAGUGUGAGAGAUCCAAAGUACUCUGUCUGGAAAAGAUGCAGCGACAUAGUAUGCUCAUGGAUCUUGAAAUCUCUCAACUCAACGAUAACAGAGAGUGUGCUGUAUUUUGAGAUAGCAGAGGACAUCUGGAAGACUCUCCAAGCAAGAUACUCGCAAGCUGAUCCACAUAAGAUUGCAGAAGUCCAGAACGAAAUCUACAAGAAUAAGCAAGGUACUCUGGCAAUCAAUGAAUACUUUACAAAAUGUAAUGCUCUGUGGGAACAGUUAAAUGCGAUGAGGCCAAUACCAAUAUGUGAAUGCACUCCUAGAUGUUCUUGUAAUUUGAUGAAUAAGAUACAAAAUGAUAGGCAUGAUGAUCAGAUCAUUAGGUUCUUGGAAGGCCUGAAUGAUGAAUUUGAGACUAUAAAGUCUGGAGUAUUAGUCAUGGAUCCUAUUCCAACACUGGAAAAGGUUCUAAAUAUGGCCUUGAAAUUGGAAAGGAAGCUUAAUGGUUCAGUUAGUCACAAGAAUGAGAUUCUGCAGUCCAAUACCAUCCAGGAUAAUUCCAGUCAGAACAUAGAUGAUCAGAACUUUGUGGCAGCUUUAAACUCACACAACAAGAAGUUUAAUGCUAAUGGAGGAAAGAAUGUACCGAAGUACACAUACUGCAACAUGCUUGGACACACAAUAGAGAAAUGUUAUAAAAAGCAUGGAUAUCCUCCUGGUUGGGUGGCUGGAUACAAGUCCAUAAAUAAGCAAGGUCAAGACAAUCAACAAGAAACAAGUGUGUCAGUGAACCAAGUUGGUGAUAUAGGGUUGUCUAAUGAUCAGUUCCAAAGGCUGAUAUCUCUAUUACAGAAUCAGAAUCAAGGCAAUCAAGCAUCUACCAGUGCAGCUGACACAGGUCCCUAUGGGAUAAUGGAUGGUUUUGCUGAAGAAAAAGGGGGGCUGUACCUGCUCAGAGACCCUCCCACAAGAAGGAAAACUCCCUAUGAUGAGAAAGCUCACUCUGAUGAAAGGUCUAGUAGCCAAUGUAACAGUGUUUCUUUACAAUUGUGGCACAGUAGGUUAGGGCACUACCCCAUAGAUAAGAUACACUGUCUGAAUGGUAUUAAGCCUAAGCCUACUCAGUUGAAUAAAACUCAUGAUUUUGCUUGUGAUAUAUGUCAUUUUGCCAAGCAUAAAAGGUCUUCCUUUCCUAUCAGUGUGACUAAAGCUGAGAAUUGUUUUGAUUUAAUUCAUAUGGAUGUAUGGGGACCACUUGCUACUGCCUCCCCACAAGGGGAACACUAUUUUUUAACCAUUGUUAAUGACCAUAGCCGGUUCACUUGGUUGCACCUAAUGAAACACAAGUCUGAAGUCAAAACACUGUUUCAGAACUUCUAUUACUAUACUGAGGCUCAGUUUUCAGUAAAAAUAAAAGUAAUAAGAACGGACAAUGGGAGUGAGUUCCUCAUGAGCAACUUUUUAAAUGAAAAGGGGAUUGUACAUCAAAAAUCUUGUGUAGAUACCCCUCAACAGAAUGGUAUUGCAGAGAGAAAACAUCAACAUGUAUUGAAUGUGGCUAGGGCACUAAGAUUUCAGGCUAGUUUACCAAUAGAGUUCUGA